AUGUUUUACUUAAAGGAACAUGCAUUCCAAAAUUUUCUUGAAAGCUAUCGAAAAGAUUUGCUUGUAUAUUUAGAUCCAUUAGUUGCUCUAUCAGAUAAUGAAACAGACAUUUUUGAGCUACUUUCUGGUUCUAAUUUUUCUCAUCGAUUACGUUUUGUUAUAUGCAUGGGAAUAAAUUUUUUUAAAUUUGAUGAUAAUGAUAACAUUAAAGAGCAGUUUUUUUAUUUCUCAUCUUAUUGUCAGAGAUCACUUUCGAAUUUAGAUUUAGGUAAAAAUAUAUCAGAAGCAUUUGAAAAAAUUCUCUCCUCAAUUGAAACUUUUAUCAAAUUUGGAAGUGGCUGGAUAAUCGAUAAUAUCAAAUUUAUUGAUGUUCAUAUUGGAUAUUACGAUCCGUUAAACGGUGGAUGUUUUAUAUCGCUCCCAAAAUGUCUUAAAUUAAAAAAAUGUAUUUUAAAUAUAAAUAACUGUGAUGAUAAAUGCUUUCUUUACUGCAUAAUUGCUAGAUUAUUUCCAGCAAAAUACAAUAAAAACAGUCCAGCUUCUUACAGAAAACAUCUAAAAUAUUUAAAUUUUUCCUUCUUGAAAUUUCCUGUGGCACUUAAUCAAAUACAAAUGUUUGAAGAAAAAAAUAAUAUUAGCAUUAAUGUUUACGGGUUUGAGAAAAAUAUCUUUCCAAUUUAUUUGACUAAAAGAAAGUUAAGAAAGGAAGUUGACUUAUUGCUAUAUAAAAAGCAUUACUUUUUAAUUACAAAUUUUAACAGAUUAUUGCAUGAAAAAAAUAGUUGCAGUUUUUACUGUAAGAAUUGUUUAUUGAGUUUCAGAAGAAAAGAAACACUCGAAUCCCACCAAAUGUUCUGUUUGUUAAACAAACCUCAGAAAUUGCAAAUGCCUUCUUUAAAUAAUAAUACUCUAAAAUUCAACUCGUACCAAAAAAUGUUCAAAGAUCCCUUUUGCAUUUAUGCAGACUUUGAAUGUCUUACAACACAAAUACAUACUUCUUUACCAAGAAAAGAUAGAAGUUUUAGCGUCAGAACCCAAAAGCAUGAGCCAAUUUGUUAUGCACUUUUCGUCAUUGAUGAAAACAGCAAAAUUGUUUUUCACAAUUAUUAUCGUGGAACAGAUUGCGUUGAAAAUUUUUUGGAAUGUCUAAAAUACCUUGAAACAAUGAUUUUAAAGUUUAUGGAGAAAAAUAUCCCCUUUACGAAAUCGGAUUCAAUACAACCUAAAAAAUGUCACUUAUGUCAAAAAGAUUUUAAAGCAACUGAUAUAAUUGCCCUUAACCAUUGUCACUAUUCAGGAAAAUUUUUAGGUUUCGCACACAGUGUACCAUGUAACUUAAAUUAUAAAUAUUCCCAUUUAAUACCAAUUGUUUUACAUAAUUUUACUAAUUACGAUUGCCCUUUAAUUUUCAAAAAAAUUUCACAGAGAUUCGGAAAAAAGAUUAAAGUUAUACCAAUAAACAAAGAAAAAUUUAUAACUUUCACUAUAGGAAAUUUAAAGUUUCUAGAUAGUUACCAUUUUCUGAGUUCAUCUCUGUCUAAGCUAACAAAUAAUUUAAAAGAAUCAAAUUAUGAUUUCCCUAUUUUCAGAGAAUACUUUUAUGGAAUAAAGCAUGCUGAUCUUUUGCUAAGAAAAGCGAUUUUUCCGUAUGAUUACUUUAAUAAUAUUGAAGUUUUAGUCGAGAAAAAGCUUCCUCCAAAACAUUACUUUUAUAAUAAUUUAAAUGGAGAAGAUAUAUCAGAUGAGGAUUAUUUUCAUGCUCUAAAUGUAUGGAAGAAAUUCAGAUGUUACAUGUUUGAAGAUUACCUUAAACUCUAUUUAUUUGUGGAUUGUUUGUUGUUGGCAGAUAUCUUCAAUAACUUUAGAGAUAUAACUUAUCGUAUGUAUCACUUAGAAGCUUUACAAUUUAUAUCAGCACCAGAUUUAACAUGGAGUGCUGGCCUGAAAAUGACAGAUGCGCAUCUUGAACUUUUAACAGACGUGGAUAUGUACUUAAUGCUUGAAAGGGGAAUUAGAGGAGGAAUUUGUUUUAUUGGUAAAAGAUAUUCCAAAUGUAAUAACCCAUAUGUGCCUGAAACUUAUAAUCAUAACGAACCUCAUAAAUACAUUAUUUCAGUUGAUGUUAAUAAUUUAUAUGGUUUUUCCAUGACUGCUAAUCUACCAUUUUCUAAUUUUAAGUGGUUAAAUCAUGAAGAAAUAGAUAAAUUAGAUAUAAUGAGCAUUACUCCUGAUGCUGAAACAGGGUAUAUUAUGGAGGUUGACUUAGAUUAUCCUAAAAAUUUACGUGACAUGCAUGAUGAUUUCCCCCUAGCCGUUGAACACUUAAAUAUAUCUUAUGAAAAUUUAUCCCCAUAUCAAAAGCAAGCAUUAGAAAAAAAUAAUUUUAAGUUUAAUUGUAAAACUAAAAAGCUAACACCUAAUUUAUUUAAUAAGCGUCAUUAUGUAACUCAUUACCUAAAUUUACAAUUUUAUAUAAAGCAAGGAUUAAAACUAAAAAAAGUUCACCGAGUCAUGUCUUUUCGACAGCGGGAUUGGUUAAAAUCUUAUGUAGAAUUUAAUACAUUGAAAAGAAAAGAAUCUAAAAAUGAGUUUGACAAAUCUUUUUUCAAAUUAAUGAUUAAUAGUUUUUUCGGUCGUAGCUGCAUGAACGUCAGAAAACAAAUAGAUGUUAAAAUAGGUGUAACUAAACGCGAAUGCAUAAACCAGUUAUCUAGCUCUUCUUUGGAGUAUUUUUCCAUAAUAAACGAGAACUGUGUUUUGUUCAAAAAAAGGAAGAUAAAUUUAUUCUUAAAUAAACCAAUUUACAUAGGAUUUACAGUUUUAGAACUGUCUAAACUUUAUAUGUAUAAAUUAUAUUAUGAAGUAUUCAAAGAAAACUAUGGUGAAAACGUUACCCUUUUGUAUAUGGAUACAGAUUCAUUCACAUUAGAAAUUAAAUGUGAAGAUAUUUAUAAGGAUUUAGAAAAUAAGUUACCUCCAAUUUUUGAUUUUUCUAACUAUGAUAAAAGCCAUGAACUACAUAAUACAUUUAAUGAAAAUAAACUAGGUUUCUUUAAAGAUGAAACAAAAGGAGUACCAAUUAAGGAAGUUUGCAGUUUAAAACCAAAAAUGUAUUCUUAUUUUUUCGGUGACAAUUGCAAAAGGACCGCUAAGGGAAUCAAAAGAUCUGAGGUUAAAAAAAUAAAUCAUGAUAUGUACGUGAAUGUUUUAAAAAAUAUGUCAAAUGAAAGAUGUUAUCAACAUCAGAUUUUAAGUCGAAAUCAUGAAAUCAGUACUAAUGUUGUGAAUAAAAAAUCUCUCUGUUCUUUUUAUGAUAAAAAAUUUAUAUUGGAAAAUGGAGUUGAUUGUAUCUCAUAUGGACACUAUUCUCUAUCAAAUGAUGAUAGAAACUGUUGAGGGAAACUGUAAAUAAAACUAAUGUGUUAAUGAAUUU